AUCUAAGUGGCGUAAGGUAAUCUACGUUAAAGAGCAUCAUAAAUUCUAAAAUCUAACGUCUAAAGAGCAAAACUGAUCACAGUAGUCGUAGAAUCUAGGUCUAUAAUAUCAAUCGCAGGUCUAGAUUCUAUUUCUACGAUAUAUCGUUGACCCUGAAAAAACUUGAAGUUCAAAUGAACUGUGAGCCUGUCAGAUAUGGCAAUUGAGGUGGGUGCUGAAUUCAAUACAUAUGAAGACCUGACCAAUGCCAUUAAAGCUUAUGAGGCAGCAAAUUUUGUUAAUCUUAUCAUUCGAGACACACGGAGAGUUGAAUCAGCAGCAAAAAGAAAUCAACGCAAGUGUUAUAAUGCAGCUAUUAAAUAUAGUGAUAUCUCUUAUUGCUGCACAUAUGGUGGGAAAAAAUAUGUCUCACAUUCAACUGGGAAACGUAUUCACAAAACAAUCAAACAGUCAUGUCCUUUCUCUUUGAAAGUACGUGCAACAGUCGACGGCCAGAGAUUGUUUGUAAGAGAAAUGAGUUCUCUUCACAAUCAUGAAAUAUCUGAGGCUGAGUUUAGACUUCAUCCAAAGCAGAGAAAGCUGGACAUUGAUUCCCAAGAAGAAAUUGCCAAUUUGCUGAGUAUGGAACCGGAUAAAAAACUUCUGAGAGACAGACUCAUGCAGAUCACCGGAAAAGUUAUUUUGAUGAAAGAUAUUCACAAUAUUAAGACCAGACUAGUGAAUCAAAAACAGAAAUCUCCAGCAGACAAAAUUUCUUUAAUCAGUAAAGAAGACACACUUGCAAAUAACAGUACGAUAGAGCUGGGUGAGGCUGAUAUUCAGCAAUCCAGUGGCGUCCAGCACCAAGUUCACUCUUUAUGUGAUGUCCACCUGCCACUGCAAAACAGUUCACAUCUGACCAUUGGUGACCAGCAUGAUGUCAUCGAUCAGCAAAACCAAAAUGACUCACCAGCAGAGCGGCUUUGCUAUAUUGAAACCCAGUCCUACCAACAGUCUAGUGAUUCCUACUCAGUUAAUAUUCAACAGUACCCAACUGGUUCUGUGUAUGAGCUAACGCCACAUCCCUAUACAGUAAGCAUCCCUGUUAUGCAGGGAAAUAAUAUCCUGCCAAGUAUUGAGGAAAUAAAUGCACAUGACAUUACAUCCACAAAUACAUUUCAGCACUGGACUGCUGUUGAAGAAAUUGGCAGAACCACCCUGCAUGCAGGGAACUAUCAAACUAUAUCCACACUCACUUUCAGCGAACAUCAGAAUGACUUACUUUCCAAUGAACCACAAACUCUGCCAUCCAUCACAGUAAAAUUCCCUUCCUCAGACUCUUCCAGCAGCCCCUCAACCAACCAGCCUGCUUAUCAUGAAUAUGCGCAGGGCCCUCAGACUCAGAAACUGAAAAAACACAGGCGGAGGGAGCAAUCGAAUAACAAUGAAAAGAAGAAAAAGAAAAAAUCUGCUGUGCAGACGGAUAAAGACAACCUUGUUAAAAAGUAUUUCCAGCAAGCCACUGUCAACUUGUUCUUCAACAAACGCCUAAAGACACCUGGAAACAGAUUUCAGAAAUCUUUGAGGCAAGAAACGCAAGGGGGAGCACCCAAAAUGUCUGAAUCCCAGUACCAUGAAAUGUUGAAACCCUUGUCUUGGCUUUUUGGUAAAUGGCAGUCGGAGGCAGGGAAAGGAGAAUAUCCAACUAUUUCAGACUUUACUUAUGGAGAGGAGGCAGAGUUUACUCCCAUUGGGAUGAAACCCAUGAUAGAGUACAAAUUUUAUUCCUGGAAGCCAGAGAACAAAAUGCAGCUACACAGAGAAACUGGUUUCAUCAGGAUUAAACCAGAGACCAACCACAUUGCCUUCAUGGCUGCUCAUAAUCUAGGUGUAGUAGAGAUUCAGGAAGGAGAAGUUCAAGGUCAAGAGCUGACUGUACAGACCACUAGUUUAGGGAGAACAUCUUUCAACAAACCUCCAGAAGUCAAGUCUGUGAGGAGAACUUUAAAGAGAACUGGCAAUGAACUGGAACAAGUGAUGUCUAUGGAAACCAACAAGACUGCUAUGACUCAACAUCUGAAGAUAACAUUUAAAAAAGUGAAUUGAUACUCAGCAAAGUCUAUGUUGUGUUUCUCCUGUGGCAUACAACAAUCCUCCAAUGAUUCUACCAUUUAUGUAAUUCAACUGUUGUUUCAUUGUCUGUUUAUAAGAUGUGAAACAUUUUUUUCUCUUAUUGGAUGCAAUAUACCUAAAACAAAAUGUGAUUUCAGGAAUAUAAUAUUGCUAGAUCAUUGGCAUGAACACACAUGAGGUACAUUGUUGAAGAUUGUUUUCUUCAUGACUAUACUAAUGAUAGCGCAUGGGAUCUAGACAUGAGGAACAUUGCUAACAAAAAAAUGUUUUCAAUUAUAGACAAAGAAAGCCAAAUUUCCUUGAAUGUAAAUAAGUUAGUGCACAUGAAUGCAAAGUAAAAUGUGAUCAUUAUAUGAACUCUUAUUUCAUUAUGACCAUUCAAUUAAAUAAUAUUUCUACUAUA